AACGCGUCUCUCCUCUCUCCUCUCUCUCUCGCUUCCUCUAAAGACGCGCCCUCCCCUCCCUCAACCCAUCCAUCAUCCACAUCCACAUCCAUCAUACACACACAAGAUGGCACCCUCCAUCGACAUCACACCCUCAAAGGUCGCAGCAUCAGCCCUUGACACACUAGACCUCAACGUACAGGCAUCCGUCAAGUCACUCAAGUCCGCAUUCGCAAAGGCAGGCACCACCGAUGCCGUCGCAAAGUUCAAGGCAAAGCAGGAGCAGGACGAGCGCGACUUCCUCGCACAGCAGGAAGAACCCCUCCUCGCCGAAAACAAGAAACGCUUCGUCCUCUUCCCCAUCAAGUAUCACGAGAUUUGGCAAAUGUACAAAAAGGCAGAAGCAUCCUUCUGGACCGCCGAGGAGAUUGACCUCUCCAAGGACCUGCACGACUGGGAGAACAAGCUCAACGACGACGAACGCUUCUUCAUCUCCCACGUCCUCGCUUUCUUUGCCGCCAGUGAUGGCAUUGUCAAUGAAAAUUUGCUCGAGCGUUUCUCCAACGAAGUCCAAGUACCAGAGGCACGAUGCUUCUAUGGCUUCCAGAUCAUGGCGGAAAACAUCCACUCAGAGACCUACUCCCUCCUCAUUGAUACAUACAUCAAGGAACAAGCUCAACGGCAGCACCUCUUCGAUGCAAUCGAGACAAUCCCGUGCAUCAAGCAAAAAGCAGACUGGGCACUGCGCUGGAUUGCAGACGACGAGUCUACCUUUGCACUGCGUCUUGUGGCUUUUGCUGCUGUCGAGGGAAUCUUUUUCUCUGGCUCGUUCGCCUCCAUCUUUUGGCUCAAGAAGCGUGGUCUCAUGCCGGGACUCACCUUUAGCAAUGAGCUCAUCUCUCGUGACGAGGGUCUCCACACAGAUUUCGCCUGUCUCUUGUUUAGUCACUUGAAGAACAAGCCUUCAAAGCAACAGGUACAAGACAUCAUUACUGAAGCUGUUGAGAUUGAGCAGGCUUUCCUCACAGACUCCCUACCAUGCCCCUUAUUGGGUAUCAAUGCAAAGCUCAUGCGCGAGUACAUUGAAUUUGUCGCUGAUCGACUCCUCGUCUCUCUUGGCAACAAAAAGUUCUAUCACACCAGCAAUCCAUUUGACUUUAUGGAGAACAUUUCACUCGCUGGCAAGACCAACUUCUUUGAGAAGCGUGUCGGUGACUACCAAAAGGCGGGUGUCAUGGCAGGCACACAGAAGAAGGAUGGUGAGGGUGAAAAGACGGAUGGACAUGCAUUCAGUCUUGAGGAGGACUUUUAGAAGUAAGCAGUUGUCAGAAUCCAUAUUCUUGUACUAUAGAAGCGUCGCGACUUUUGUUACUUUUUACCCUUCUUCUC